AUGGACACCCCUGUUUCACAUCUAAUUAAGAGCGGAAAACGGCCGAGAGUGGUAACACCGGAUGGUCCUAUGUUGUCGCCGGAUUUCGUGGAUAUCGUCAAGCAGGUCAACGACUCGAAAGCUGUGCCUGAGUGUGUCAAGAAGUGGCUACUUUCGAUUUCAACGCAGCUAAGUGCCAUUAUUGAAGAAAAUGUUGCUUUACGCAAGCGCCUAGAAGCUUUUAAUGAUUUAGAAAAAGAAAAUAAGCAACUCAAAGAUCGCCUACGGUUCUUUGAACAGAAAGAAGUUUCCCACCCUCUUAGUGCUGAUCCUACUCCCGCUAAAGCCUUGCCUUACGAGGAGAUAGAGAGACGGCGAUCGAUUGUUAUAAGUGGUGUUCCAGAGCUCCAUGAUGGCAGUUGUUUUGAUAGGAUGCAUUAUGACUACCAAAGUACUCUAAAUAUUUUAUCACAUCUGGAUGUCGAUUGUUAUCCUGUUGCGGUAUAUAGACUUGGGAGAUGGUUUCGUGGUAAGAAUCGAUUGAUCAAGGUCGUUCUUCCGUGUUCUUUGUAUCAACGUAUUGCUGUAAGGAGGGCUCCCCGCCUCCGCACCUUUCCGGAAAGAGGCGUGUUCCUCAGGGAAUCACUGACUCUGGAAGAAAGGGUGAGGAGACGGGAGAGCCGAUUUGCUCGCUCUCGAAAUGUUGAUAUUCAUCAUGAUUCCGCUGCUGUUAGUGUUCCACCGCCACCUACCUCGGAUAACUGUGCUGUUCAUUGUUCACCUAGGGAUGUCUCAGAGAAUGUGGCACAAACCAGCAUUAUUUUAGCCUUCCUUCCUGUCCUAGAGGGAGACGUGAAUUUUUCGACCGCUACUGCCUACGCCCUCCAGCUUACGGAAAAGGAGUGUUCAGGGUUUCUUGAUCGAUCACAUAUGGCUCGUGGGUCACAGCGCAAAACGUCCGACACAGGAAACGAUAAGGAGAUCCCACUAUGGGCCAGCAUGAUGAUGGAUCAGUACGUCUCCUGCGCUGAUAGGCUUGAAAAAGCCCUCACUUCAUCGCUGGCUAAACUCGUUGAUAAAAUCGAUGAAGUUAAUGCUCGUCAAAAUGAAAUUCUUUCUCGCAUCGCCGCCUUGGAGGACUGCGUCUCUGCUCUUCAAAGAUCAAGCCCGGUGGAUCAGAAGAUUCUUUAUUCCACAAUCGUGAAGGCCAGAGCGGAUGAACAAAAAUUCGGAGUGUUCGGUCACGUUUCGAUUCCUAACAAAAACUGUUCGGUCACGUUUCAAUUCCUAACAAAAACUGCAGAAGAAGCUCGCGAGUUUUGCGAAGGUAAUGCUCCAUAUUACGUGAAGGACUUCAAGUCCGGUAAACCAACGAAGUGUUUGUACGUGAAUGAAGUCGAAACUAAUGUCAAUUUGCGACCUCGUGAUAUAUCGACAAUGAUCACGCUUUAA